AUGACGUCCACUGCUGGCUCUUCAUCCUCCAACGACGCAGAUCGUCUCAGCACGUGUUUGUCUUACAUCAUCGUGUCCGACCCUAACUACGCAAUGUGCGUCAUGAACUCGGGCUUCUUCAAAAAGCUCGACACAUGGAGGACAGACACCACCACCAUCUCGUCGAUUCUCAUGGGCAGCUCCGUGGAGUCUGGUUCCUGUACCCUCGCAUGCACAAAGCCGACUAUGUUUGCGUCCAAUUCGUGCUGCUCAGCAGCCAAUACCGUCAAAAAUUGUCCGCAGUCGUCGUCCAGUAUCAACUACUGCAAGUCUGUGAUCGAAGACACAGUGGCCGAGAGCCAACAAUGCGGGCUCUCGUCGCAGAAUACCGCUCUCAUAGUCUGUGAUGAUAGCAGCCAGAAUAUAUGCUAA